AAAUAAUCUCAAAGUUUGCACAAAAGGUACGAGAAGAUGGCCCCAAAACCCAUCUCACCUGACGGUUCAAGUUCUGACUCGUACAGCCUUUACUUCAAGGGUUUGAUAAGCUUGAUAAGCUUGAAGCCAACAACGGGUUUAUUGGCUGGAUUUGGGGUUGCUAUUUGCAGAGAAGAGGAUGAUAGUAUCUUGUUUAAGAACAAGGGUUCACUUAAUUACUCCGGCAUUACAGGUUGGGAGGCUGAGCUUAUGGCACUGAAGCUAGGACUUGCCAAAGCCGUGAGUUUGCGGAUCAAUCAUAUCUCAAUUUACUUUGAUGAUCCUGAGAUUUUUGAAUUGGUCAUGGGGAGAUCUGUGCCUAAGGAUGAGAAAAUCGCCUUGCUAAUGGAUGAUGUGCAACGCAUCAGACAACAGUUUAUAUCUAGCAUCCCUAUUCUUGUGGCUAGAAAUCAAACUGAGUUUGUCCAUAAACUUGCAAAGGAAACAAUAGUUUCUCGCCUCAUCGGACCUAUGCCUCGUACUGCUCAGAAGAAGACUUGUGGUAACUGCUUUGACGAUGUUAUCAAAGGUGAGAAGAUGUUUUCCGUUGCUUUAUGCCGUCAUCAAUUUUGUGUGGACUGCAUGAAACAACAUAUAGAAGUGAGUCUAAACAAGGGAGGUGUACCAAGAUGUCCUCAUGAUGGCUGCACAUCAAACCUGAAUCUAAUAGCUUGUACCCAUCUUUUGACACCUAAACAAAGAGAGAUGUGGAAACAAAGGAUCAAAGAGGAGUCAAUUACUGUAUAUGACAGAUUUCAUUGCCCAAAUCCAAAGUGCUGGGCUUUGAUGUCGAAAACCGAGCUCAUUAAAUCUACUGAAGAUGGAGUUAGGAAACACUGUUUUAAAUGCUGGAAACCCUUUUGCGUUAACUGCAAAGUUCCGUGGCAUAGUAACUUGUCUUGCAAGGAAUACAAAAGAUCGGGUCAAAAACCUACUACAACAGUAUGGCGUCAAUGUAGAAGUUGCCAACACAUGAUAAAGCUAUCGAAAAAACUCACCACUGUUACUUGCAGGUGUGGCUAUAAGUUUUGCUAUGCAUGUGGAGCUCAAUGGAAGCAUGGAGGUUGCUCUCAUCAUCACCAAGCGGUGAUGGAUUUGAUGGACGCUGCUAUAGCCUUCAUUGAAGAAGGCGUUCGAGUACAAGAAGAUGCCCAAAAACCCGCCGGAGAACCCUCACUUUACGGUUCAAGUUCUGACUCGCACAACCUUUACUUCAAGGGUUUAAUAAGCUUUCAGACAACAACCGGUUUAUUGGCUGGAUUUGGGGUUGCAAUUUGCAGAGAAGAGGAUGAUAGUUUCUUGUUUAAGAACAAGGGUUCACUUAAUUACUCCGGGAUUACAGAUUUGGAGGCUGAGCUUAUGGCAUUGAAGCUAGGACUAGCCAAAGCCGUGAGUAUGAGGAUCAAUCAUAUCUCAAUUUACUUUGAUGAUCCUGAGAUUUUUGAAUUGGUCAUGGGGAGAUCUGUGCCUAAGCAUGAGAAAAUCGCCAUGCUAAUAGAUGAUGUGCAACGCAUCAGACAACAAUUUUCAUCUAGCAUCCCUAUUCUUGUGGCUAGAAAUCAAACUGAGUUUGUCUAUAAACUUGCCAAGGAAACAAUAGUUUCUAACAACAGCAUACCUAUGCCUCGUGGUUCUCAGAAGAAGACUUGUGGUAACUGCUUUCACGAUGAUGUGGAUGGUGAGAAGAUGUUUUCCGUUGCUUUAUGCAGUCAUCAAUUCUGUGUAGAGUGCAUGAAACAAGAUAUAGAAGUUAGUUUAAACGAGGGAGGUGUACCGAGAUGUCCUCAUUAUGGCUGCACAUCAAUCUUAACUCUUAAAAGCUGUGCCCAUCUUUUGACACCUAAACUAAAGGAGAUGUGGGAACAUAGGAUCAAAGAGGAGUCAAUUCCUGUAUGUGACAGAUUUCAUUGCCCAAAUCCAAGGUGCUGGGCAUUGAUGUCGAAAACCGAGCUCGUUGAAUCUACUGAAGAUGGAGUUAGGAGACACUGCUUUAAAUGCCGUAAACACUUUUGCAUUACCUGCAAAGUUCUGUGGCAUAGUAACUUGUCUUGCAAGGAAUACAAGAGUUCGGUUCAAAAGCCUACUACAACAGUGUGGCGUCAAUGUAGAAGUUGCCAACAUAUGAUAAAACUAUCGGGAAAAUGCAUCAAUGUAACUUGCAGGUGUGGCUAUAGGUUUUGCUAUGCAUGUGGAGCCCAAUGGAAGUUUGGAGGUUGCUCUCAUCAUCGCCAAGCGGUGAUGGAACUGGUGGUUGGUUUAGUCCUCAUUUUUCUUGUUUUCAUAGUGACUUCGGCGUUCCUUGCAUCUGAGCUUCCAAUUACCCUCGACCCCUUUAACACUAACAUAAGUCCAUGGGGGAAGUGGGAGAUCCUCAUCGAAGGUUGGAAUCAUAGGCCUCCAUCGUUGGAAACAAGAAACUCUGACAUGCGUUGUCCGCUCUCUCAAUCGGACUUGUAAUUUUGUUGCUUCUAACUUAAUCCAUAUCAAAACCCCACAAAACCGAUAUUACUAUUUUAUGAAGCAAAUAGAAUGUAUAUAAUAGAACCAAAACAAAAACUAAGUAAAGCAUAAGAUGGUAA